AUGGGGAGGGUCCUGGGACUGAAGGUCCUGUCCUACUUGCCAUGUGACCAGAGGCCCCUUCCUCGCCACACCGCCACCGUCUCCAGGAGGAGCAGGGCUCUCCUGCUGCUUCUCUCCCUCUCGUUGGAGCUGACAUUUGCGGCGCCUCGCCAAAGAAUCAGACGGAAACCAGGAACGUGCCCUAAAGAGAGACUCAAGUGUCAGACUAAAAUUAAAAACUCAUGUGCAGAGGAUUUUGGCUGUGAGGAACACUUGAAGUGCUGCCAAUUUGCCUGUGGGAAGAAGUGCAUGGAUCCAUACGAAGAACCCUGCAUGCUAUCAUUAGAUCAAGGAAACUGUGAUCGUUUUGAUAGGCGCUGGUAUUAUGAUUUAAAAAAUUUAUUAUGCAAACCUUUUAAAUAUGGAGGCUGUGAUGGAAAUUCCAACAACUUCCUCAGCAAGGAAGACUGCAUGAAGGCUUGCUCGUUAACUGUCAAGAAAGGACAGUGCCCACUCUUUCCUUCCAAGAACCGUAUGGAAUGUUCGGGUUCGUGUAAGAGUGACAAUGAUUGCGCUGACAAAGAAAAAUGUUGUGAAUCCAUGUGUGGCUUUGUUUGUUCCGUCGCCUGGGUAGUCAAAACAGGUUCCUGCCCACAGAAGCCCCCAACAUGUUUAAGGAUUGAUAAACCCAAGUGCCAGAGAGAUGAGGAUUGCCAGUUGGGGGAGAAGUGCUGCUCACGCUGUGGACUAAAGUGCCUGGAACCUCGAGCCUAG